AUGGAAGGUUUUAACGAAAAUUUUACAAUAAUCGAAGGAAUGAUACCAAUUCUACCAAGGUGAGUUUUAGCUUAAAAAUUAGAAAUUAUUCUAAAAUAAGAAAAAAAUAUGUUUUCUUCUGCGAUAUUUUCCAUGUCACUGAAUUUUCGAUCUAAAUAAUUGAAAAGUUCAUUCAUUUUUCUUUCAUUCCUAGAAAUUAGCCUAAUUUCAUUUGCUUCAAAAAAACCCUUUUCAUUUUUUUGUUGGAACUUAAGUUACAACUUUUUACGGCACCAGACACACCGUGUUCUCAAUUUACACUUUGAAGAGGUGUAUAAUUUUUCUACCUACCAAAAAAGAGAUUUUUGAGUUAAGAUGCUUCAAGUCUGGUUUUUAGCUUAGCUUAUGGAAAUUAAAUUUUUCUCAUUGGAAAAUGAACAAAAAACCGAAAAUUGGAAUACAAAGGAUUUUUGCUAAAUAAGUUUGGACCAAGAAUAAAAGACAAUAAUAUUUUCUAUUAUUUUUUAAUAUCCAUAUUCGUCUUGCUAACUUUUUGAUCUCUUUUAGGCCAUAGAACAAAACCGCAGCACCCGAUUCAUCAUAAUUUUUUCCGAAAUAUUUUUCAACGCAACUGCAAAGCAAGAAAUCCGCGUGUGUGUUCGGAGGAGCAAAAAAUCACCCAUUAAUUAAGGGGCAUUUCGAAAUUUGAGAAUUUUUCGCAUCUUUUUCUUUUUUUUCCACACCCAUGCGUUUUCCUCGUUCAUUUUUCCAGUCAUUGAGCAUCUCAGCAUUUUUUUUCCCGACUAAAAGCUGCGAGAUCUUCUUUGCCAUCUCGCUUUUUCUCUUUAAUUUCAGAUCAGAAAUUACUUUUAAGUUAUUCAAAAGAAAAAAGUUUGAUCGUUGAUAUCAAUUGGAAUGGGGAGACCUGUUUAAAAUUCAUUCCGAAUACAUUAAUUUUUGCAGUAUCAUCGUUGGAAUUCCAUAUCUCGAAUACUUGACAAUGGAAAACCAAACUCAAUGUCUUUGCUCAGAUAUUCAAAAACAAGACUAUGGCCCCUUUUUCCUAUGGUACGUAUUCUCUUUUUUAAAUUUCAAUUUUCCUCUAAAAUUUCCAGGGCCAACUACAUCACAAUUAUCAUUGCAUUGCCAAUUUUGUCAGUUUUUGGAGUGUUCACAAAUAUCAUUAACAUAUUUUUGUACACCAGAAAACAGUGAGUUCAUCGAUGGAUACUGUAGUACAUCUGGUUUUUUUCAAAGAAAUGUUUUCUCACGGUCAAAAGAGAAAUGGUCUCGAAUUUCAGUGGUCACUAAUGUGAAUGACCAAAUUGCAUGUUAGAAAACAAUUUCAGGAAUUUUAUACUAGGGAAAAUGUAUUGAAUCGAAACUGAACCAGAUAAAAUUCUUCCAACAAAUCAUAUUCUAGGCCAUUCAGGACUUUUGAAAAACUUAAAGUUUUUAGCCUGGAUAUAAAACAGAAGAUGCUAGCUAUGAUAAAAAUGGAAAAAUUUUAACCAAACCGAAUAAUUGAAAAAAGAAACCCAAUCUCAAAUAAUCGCAGUCUAAAGCCUGUGCCUAAUUACAUGUUUUCAGACUCGAAAAUUCGGCCAACACCUAUUUGCUAUUUUUGGCAUGCAGUGAUUUCAUGGUUAUUCUAACCGGUCUCUUCAUUUUUUGGAUAGACUCUGCUCGAUCAUACAUUCCAGAACUUGAGCAAGCCCCAUAUACUACAGUUUACACCCUGCCUUUUGGCUAUAUGGCACAAACUUGCAGUAUUUAUUUCACGGUGGCUGCAGCUGUUGAUUGCUUUGUGAAUGUAAGUUGUUGUUUUGUUGUGUUUGUGGUGUUUUGCAUGAAUCAUAAAUGUCUGAAAACAAUACGUCAUUCACUUUUUUUUAGGUUUGUUGGCCAACUAAAAAAGAUUAUUAUUGCAAUGUUCGAAGAGCGAAACAAAUUUGUAUCAUAAUUGUAGUCCUUUCCAUUAUGUAUAACUCUUUGCGAUUUCCACAAUUCAAUUUGAGAAGAUGUGUGAGCGAAGAUACAAAUGUUGAAGUCAUCGAGAUUUGCCCAACAACUCUUUUCUACACAAUCAAUAGUGUAUACAACAUGUGAGUUUCUCUGUAGACCUUCUUAUGUUUAUAAAAUAAAUUUUAAUUCUAGUUAUAUGUAUAUGGUUCUAAUGACUCUGCUCCCAUUCUUCUUUUUACUUUGCAUCAACGCAAUAAUCGUCAAACGUCAAUCAUCUCAAAGUUCCGACGGAGAAUCGAAAAAUGAAGGAACAUCUGAUGAUACGAUAACUAUGAUUAUGGUUGUCAUUCUCUUUUUGGCGUGUAACACAUUGGCCCUCGUUGUUAAUAUUAUCGAAAAUUUUGCUGAACCAUCUGCAGUUUUGCUGAAUUGCCUCACAGAUACGAGUAAUUUCUUGGUGAUUUUUAAUUCAUCAGUGAAUUGUAUUGUAUACUACAUUUUCAACGUCGAUUAUCGUGAGAUGUUCAUGUGAGUGAAAUUAAUUUGGAGAAUCAGAUGUGCUUCUCAAAGUCGCCCUCUUAUCUGAUUUUCUAACAACAAAACACAUUUUCUUUCAGACAUUAUUCAAAACGACUUCUCGCUUUGAUAGCUGAUGAAUAUUGUUGUUGCUUCAAAAGACGCUCCAGGCACUAUUCCUCUUAUCAACCAGUCUCAACUCGACUUGUUUUUGACAGAGUAAGUAAAAUAACCAGCACUUCUGAUAGAUAAAUUAAUUGUUGAAUAAACAGAAUAAUCAAAACAACAAUAACAAUAGUAAUGGCGAUUUGAUAUUGCCACUUGGCUCAAAAUCUGAUCGAGCAAGUUUUGCUGAAUCGGAAAGUAUUUCAUCACCAAUUUGGCAACCAAUCACAUCUCGAACAUUGCCAAAUGUCGAUAAUUGGCCGAAUACUUAUAAUCCUUCGAAUGUUGAAGAUGAAAUCGAUUCUGGAUGGGAUGAAGGAAGUCAGGUAAAUCAAUGGAGUUUGAUUCAAAAGUACAAUUGAUGAUAGAUAAAAUAAUGUUAUCAAAGUGUAGAAACAAACAAACAAAAUUCAUUUUUUAUUAGUUGUAGGGUUUCGGGAGAAAACUGAGUGAUAAGUUGAUUGAAGUGAAAUUAAAUGACCAGGAAAUUAUAUAGAUUGCUCUUUGUUGUUCUCAACUCUUAUCUAUUGGUUUGGUUUUAUAGUCUUUUCGGAGCCCGAUGUAUAAACUUUACAAUGUGAUGUUUCAAAAAACAUACACAGCAAUUGGAAUUCUCUUAAAUUCCACAUUUCAGCUCUCAAACCGUGCUCCAAAACGAUGGCUGGCCGAAGUGAACAUCGUGGAUUGCGAUCAUCGCGGCGGCGGUCGACAACCGCACAUUUAUGUUCGACCUCUCGCCAAAUUUCCCACCAAUGAUACCAUCUCAAUAACUGCCUUAUAA